AUGCCGCCCCCUGUGAGCCCUCGUUCCGCCCCCGUUCCACCCCGGGAGGCGGAGCGCGGGGACACGGGGCGGGUCCGGUGGCGCCGGUCUCCCGUGCGGAGCGGCGACACGUGCGCGGAGCGGCGGCGACGCGGAUCGGUGAGCGUAGCGGGGCGGUCCGGGACGGCCGGGACGGCGCCGCGGCGGCAGGGGCGGGGGGGGGCGGGGCGGGAGGCGCUCGGGGACCGCGGAGGGGACCGGAUGGGGCGUCCGGGGGGCGCGGGGGAAGGCGAGAGGUCGGGUCCGUUGCCGUGGCCACGGGACGCAGCGCCCCGGAGCGGAACGCUCUGGCGCCCACCCCGCCCGCUCGACCGACCCCUCCGUUCCCCGCAGCCGCCGGGCAGCGCCAUCGCCAUCGAGGAGCAUCUGGAGUUCGGCAAGGAUGGGCGAGAGCUGCACCAGGAGCUGGCCACGCCGUUCCAGGCGCCGCAGCAGAAGAAGAUGGAGGUGGAACCCAUCGAGCACAGCACCUCCGAGCAGCUGAACCGUCUGCAGGGUAAGGACGAGCUGCUCAGCCCCUGCAAGGAGGCUGCUGACAGCCCUGAGCCUGCCCAGCAACGCAGCGAACAUGUCCCAGGGAUGCAAGGCGACGGGAUCCCUCUGCCAAAGAAGGUGCUUUUCCCCGUGGAGCGCCUCUCCAUGCAGUGGCAGCGGACCCACCAGAUCGGCGCUGGGCUGAAAAACUUGGGGAACACGUGUUUCCUCAACUCCACCGUGCAGUGCCUCACCUACACGCCUCCGCUCGCGAACUACCUGCUGUCCAGGGAGCACAGCCGGACCUGCCAGCAAGGGGAGUUUUGCAUGCUGUGCACUAUGGAGAAGCACAUACUGCAGGUUUUCAGUAGCAGCGGCAGCGCAAUACAGCCCACGUCCUUCGUCAGAAACAUCAAGAAGAUUGCCACGCACAUCCGCUUAGGCCGCCAGGAGGAUGCACAUGAGUUCCUGAGUUUCACCAUCAAUGCCAUGCAGAGGGCCUGCCUGGAUGGCUGUACCGAGUUGGAUCAGCAGAGCCAGACCACAACGCUGGUUCACCAGAUCUUUGGUGGCUUCCUGCGGUCGCGUGUGAUGUGCAAAGCGUGCAAUUGGCCCUCGGACACCUAUGAACCCUUCCUGGACCUGGCGGUGGAGAUUGAGGAAGCUGAAAGCAUCGAGCAGGCACUGAAGUUGUUUGUGAGGCCAGAGAUGCUGUGCGAGGAGAACGCCUACAUGUGUGACAAGUGCAAGACCAAAGUGCAAGCCAUCAAACGCUUCAGCAUCCACCGAGCCUCCAGUGUUCUUAUAGUCUCGCUGAAGCGCUUUUCCAUCUUCAGUGGAGGCAAAAUCAAGAAGGAAGUGACAUACCCUGAGGUCUUGGACAUCCGACCUUACUUGUCAGAGGACAAAGGGGACCCGAUGAAUUACGAGCUCUACGCCGUGCUGGUGCACUCUGGGUACUCCUGCCGCUCAGGGCACUACUACUGCUACGUGAAGGCCAGCGAUGGGCAGUGGUACCAAAUGAAUGAUGCUGUUGUCUGCCUCACCAACCUCAAGGUGGUCCUGAACCAGCAGGCCUAUGUGCUUUUCUACGUGAGAACACCCGGCACCAGCAAGAGCUUUGAGGAACCCAUUGCCGAGGCUGUGUCCAUCGCGCCCAGCCAGCCAGUGAUGGGCCAGAAACCCGAGAUGCAGCCUGCAAACAAGCUGUCUGGGCAGGAGGAGGUUGGGGUGUCUGUGCCCUGUAGAACAUGCAGUACAGGGCCAAAGCUUCCCACUGCCUCCAAGCUGCUGCAGGAGCUCCGAAAGUACCUCUCUGCUGUGCCUGGGGUCAAGCCACCUGCUCCAGAAGACUCCAGGCGGGCUAAAUUGAAGAGGUCCCUGUUGGCCGUCAGUGCUGUGGAGCAGAGCAGCUCCACAUCACCACCAGCAGCCAAGAAGCUGGCACUCUCUGCUGAAAAGGGCAGCACUCCGGAGGCGGUGAGCAGAGAUGACCGUUGCACACAACUUCAGCUGCAGCUUCCAGAGCAGAUGCACCCCACGGACACCACCCACCCUGACUCCACUUCCCAGCCUUCUGGCAAGUUGAGCACAUCUUCAUCUGCGCUGAAACUGCCGAAUGCAGAAAAGCCUCCUUUGAAAAUCAUCAUCAAAUUAUCAGCCCUUGGGGACCUCAGCUCCCCUCUGAAAAAGCGCCACCAUAGGGCAGACGGCAGCCCUCAAUCUCAAUCUAUUAAUGGCGAAGAUGACACCUCCAGCCCGCCCAGAAAGAAGAGUCGCACGCCCGGGAACUCGGUGUCCAUCACGGGGGAGGAGGCAGCCCUUGGGGACCUCAGCUCCCUGCUGAAAAAGCGCCACCAUAGGGCAGACGGCAGCCCUCCAGCUCAGUCUGUUAAUGGCGAAGAUGACACCUCCAGCCCGCCCAGAAAGAAGAGCUGCACGCCCGGGAACUCGGUGUCCAUCACGGGGGAGGAGGAGGCAGGCAAGAGUGCCAGUGGUGGCCAGAAGGAGCCAGGCUGCCAGGAGUUGGGUGCAGAGCUCAAGAAGAAGGAGGGGAAGAAGAAGAAAAGGAGGAGAAUGGAGUCAAAAGAGUGCUUUUCGGGCAGGUGA